UUUAUUAGAGAAGGUUGCAAUUUAUGAUAAGAAUAAACAUUGGUCACGGGUUUGACCAACCCUCACCGAGAGGAGAAGAGAAUGGCUCUGCGUCUCGUGCUCUGGUUCUUUUUCUCUUCAUUAACGAUACUGUUAUUAUGGCUUACAGAAGCACCGGCCGUAGAAGCAACACCCUUGGCGAAGCCUGGGUGCCAAGACAGAUGUGGGGAUGUCAGUAUUCCCUUCCCCUUCGGCAUUGGAGACCGAUGUUCCAAACGCAAACAAUUUGAGAUAACUUGUGAUCGAUCUUCUAGCCAUCCCACACCUUUCCUGAGCUUAAGCACUGGUCGCUUCCAAGUUCUGAACAUAUCGAUGAAUGGAGAACUGCGUAUCAACGUCCCAACAUUCUCGAGCCCCAACGAGACAGAAGUCCAUGGACGCAUCAGUUUAGAAGGAAGCCCAUUUUUCUUCUCACAAAGCGGCAACGUCUUUGUGGCAGUCGGCUGCAACAACCGUGCCUUCGUCCAUAACCAUCACGACAACAGUACGGUAGGCUGCAUCUCGACUUGCUCAGGCAGAGACGUCAAAAAGAAAGGUUGUUGCGGCAUCAGCUGUUGCCAGACCCCGAUUCCGUGGUCGCUGCAGACCGUAGAUGUGACCAUCACUAGUGCAGGUAUCUGCAACGAAAUACUGGGGUGCAAGUCAGCUUUCGUGGUCGACCAGCAGUGGUUCGUCGUCAACUUACCAAACCCUUACGAUGUCAGGAAUAUGACAGAGGUUCCGGUGGUGCUAGAUUGGUGGUCAGAUUGUGGCCCCAAUUCCUACCCUAUAAGUUUGUCCUCUUUGAGGAAUACUUGCAUUUGUAAGUAUCCUUUUGAAGGGAAUCCCUACCUUCCCCAUGGCUGCCAAGGAUGCAAGGUUGGACAUCGUUGCGAAAAGGGAAAAGGGUAUUUGGUGAAAGCGAUCAGCCUAGGUGUAGGAUUGGGGUUUGGACUACUAUUGAUGUUUAUUUUUAGCUUUUGGCUAUAUAAAGCACUAAAGAGAAGAGAGAUCAAAAAGGUCAAAAAGAACUUCUUCAAACGAAAUGGUGGAUUGUUGUUACAACAACAGAUGUCUUCACAAGAUUGUGCUCCUGAGAAAAUAAAUGUUUUUACUGCAGAAGAGUUAGAAAAAGCAACUGACAAUUAUAAUAAGAAUCGAAUUCUUGGCCAAGGAGGUCAAGGGACAGUUUACAAAGGUAUGCUAUCAGAUGGAAGAAUUGUAGCAAUUAAGAAGUCCAAAAAGGUAGAUGAUGACCAAAGUGAGCAAUUCAUCAAUGAGUUUGUGAUACUUUCUCAGAUUAAUCAUAGGAAUGUGGUUAGAUUAUUAGGUUGUUGCUUAGAGACAGAAGUUCCUAUGCUAGUGUAUGAGUUCAUAUCUGGUGGAAACCUUUUCAACUACAUCCAUGAUCGAGAUGAUGGUUUAUCAUUUUCUUGGGAUAAUCGCUUAAGAAUUGCCAUUGAGGUUGCAGGAGCACUGGCUUACUUGCAUUCAGCAGCUUCAGUACCCAUUUAUCAUAGAGACAUUAAGUCCUCAAACAUACUUUUGGAUGAUAAGCUUAGAGCCAAACUAUCAGAUUUUGGGACUUCUAGGUCAAUAGUAACUGAUCAAACUCACUUAACCACCAUGGUGAAAGGAACCUUUGGGUACUUGGACCCAGAGUACUUUCGGUCAAGCCAUUAUACAGACAAGAGUGAUGUCUAUAGUUUUGGAGUAGUUCUCAUAGAGCUCUUAACAGGUGAGAAAGCAGUUUCUUCUACCAGACCCUUAGAGGAGAAAAAUUUAGCUGUAUAUUUUAUGUCUUCAUUAGAAGAGAACAAUCUUUUUGAAGUUCUUGACAAUGAAGUUGUGAAGGAUAGUGCAAAAGAGGAGCUCUGUAUGGUUGCCAACCUUGCAAAGAAAUGUUUGAAUUUGAAUGGGAAGAAAAGGCCAACAAUGAGAGAAGUUGUUGUGGAGCUUGAGGGGUUAAGAUUGAGGAAACAAAAUUCAUUAGUUCAACAAGAUGAUCGAGAGGUUGGGUAUUUCCCAAAUGAAUCAUCGAGCCUAUGGGACACUUAUUCAACUUCAAGUGAGAAUAGAGAUUUGGAUCAGUACAGUAUCACAUGGCCAAGAAACAACGCAUUUGCUACCAUUUGACAAUGCAUUAUUUCAGUCGCCAUAAGUAGUGCAGAGGGUAGAGGACAUUCAUUAAUUUUCUGCAUGCAUGAUACAAUUUUGGGUUGUAACUAUGCAAAUGUUAAUAAAUUCAUAUA